UUACCGAAAGACGAGGGCGUCUACUUUGUAGAUCAAAAUGCUGCGCGCUCUCCAAUGUUCUCCUUUGAGCCGAUGUUCCAGGCCACUGCCUCUAUGAACACAGCAUUCCGCUUCGACGACGUCGACGUCCUGACCAAUCGAAAUAGCCUCCGGAAGCUCCUUGACUUCAGCGCCGGCCGUCGACAGGAUAGUUUCCGCCUCAAUCUCCAUCUGAUUCAUCGCACCUUGAUUAUCGAACGCUGUGAAAAGAACGUCCGACAGCUCAUCAGUCGGUCACAGAAUCCCGGAUGGGGGUAAGUCUUUGAUCACAGAUUCACAGAAUAUCCGUAUGGGUUGAAAGACAGCGCAUCACAUCAUCGGUCUCUUGAGUACCGGCUUGGGGAUCUUGUGUGCGUCGUGCAAUUCGAGGUGGACGCGUGCUACGAUAAAGGAGGCGAAGCAAGCGAUGGGUCCGAGCCCUUGCCUUUCUCGAUGGCCAAACUCUCUAUACACGAUGAACCCGUAGACAACACAGCUAUCGCCAGGCCACCAGGGCAGAAGGCUCAAAUGACCCAGGAGAUGGCGGCGGAGAUCAAGACGGCAAGCAAGCCUAAGAGCUUAGGCAAGAACUUGCCCCAGCUCUGGUUCGGUCGAACUCCCUGGCUCAUUGUUGGCCGUCACGCCCAAGGAACCUUUACUGAGUGCCGGAUAACCAACGCUGCGGCACAGUUUGCUGAUUGGGAGCGUAGGAAUCAGGCGGACUUGCGCAUGCUCGUUGCCGUCUUGGGCCAAUUACGGGAAGCGGUUAAGAGUAAUGGAGGUAAGCAUUGUGUCGCAAUCUGCGAAAAGAAACUGUUUCCUCCAGUUAUCGAAGUCUUUCAGUCAACGACUGCGAAGAUGGCAGUCCCGGACAAUCUGAGGGGCAAAAUAUGGGAUGCGGAAGCGGGUGGGCACCCGAAAGGUUCGACACACUGAAUUGGAGAGGCAAUAGCAAAAUCUUCUUACAGACGCCUCGUCUUCUGCUGUAGAUCACCGCUAUCCGUGAAAUGGAGGCGUGCCACUGGGCAAGCCCCAAGCUAAGGAGGACGCUGGUUCGAGACCUGAUCCUCGCCACCGUUUCGCUUAAUGAUGUCUCUCGAUGAUGCCUUGCUCCA